AUCAUGAUCUCCCCUCUCUCUCACAUCCACGCGCUCUAUUAUUACACGCAAAGUGUAGGCUCACCCGUUGUAUGUAAUAAUGUAGUAAUGUAAUCUAGUUGUUAUGUAUCUCGUCCUAGCUAAACCAUUUAGCGUGACUAGCUAUUUUUAAAACUAUCUCAGGUUGAAGGGGGACACACUGACAGCUUCACCAAACAGCUGCAAGCUAACAGUAGCUUUUUAGCGGAGGAUACAGUGCAGUGCAGCUGUCUCACUCACGCAGCUAGCUAACGGUACAGCUGUUGACAGGCAGCAACUCCACAGAAACUGCACCGGCUCUCCGUCCAUCCCGCUGGAGUAACGGUAGCGGCCAAGAGGAGCAAAUGAACGAGCUGGUGAAGAGUUUGCCCUCCCCGACUCUCCCGGGGCUACACCUGCCGUGUCUGGAUACCUACAAAGGCUGGCUCUUUAAAUGGACCAACUACCUGAAGGGCUACCAGCGGCGGUGGUUCGUCCUUAGUAACGGCCUGCUGUCCUACUAUAGGACUCAGGCAGAGAUGGCGCACACCUGCCGGGGCACCAUACCCUUGGCAAAAGCGCACAUCGAGGUGGGUGACACCUGCCACUUGGUGUUGACCAGUGGAGGCCGAAGCUACCACCUGAAAGCCACCUCUGAGGGAGAGUGUCAGCGAUGGGUGUCAGCCCUGCAGCAAGCUAAGGCCAAUGCCACUCUCCUGAUGCAUCACUCAGAUGACUCAGGAGAUGAAGGCCCUGUACCUCAUGAGGGCCGAGCCCUAACCCAAGGGGUGCUCAAGACUCUGGCCAGCAAGCUAGAUGACCUGAGCACCUGUAAUGAGCUGAUAGGAAAGCACGGCGCCGCCCUCCAGCGCUCCCUCAGCGAAUUUGAGGAACUCUGUGGAUCCGCUGACAGCACAGACAAAGUGAAAGCUGUUAAUGAGCGUGCCACCCUUUUCCGCAUCACCUCCAAUGCUAUGAUCAAUGCUUGUCGUGACUUUCUGGACGUAGCAGAAUCUCACAGCCGGAGGUGGCAAAAGGCCCUGCAGUAUGAGAGAGAACAGCGUCACCAUCUGGAGGAGACCAUCGAACAGUUAGCCAAACAGCACAACAGCUUAGAGAGGGCCUGGAGGGAGAAUCCCACCUCAUAUACAGGUGCGGAGCGGUCUCAGGAGGGGGAUGCGAGUGACGAGAAUGACGAGUUCUUUGAUGCCAUGGAGGACUCUGCAUUCAUAACUGUGACUGCUAGUAGCGACAUACAGCACAAGCGCUCAGGGAGUAAUCAGAGUAUGAUGAGCGGAGGAAUGUCCAAUGACUGGACUCACAAUGAGAACGACACCUCAGGCACAAACCACAUGCAGCUACGAAGAACAAGACGCAAUCGUAUUCCUGACAAACCAAAUUACUCCCUUAACCUGUGGAGCAUCAUGAAGAACUGUAUUGGCAAAGACCUGUCCAAGAUACCCAUGCCUGUAAACUUCAAUGAGCCGUUGUCAAUGCUGCAGCGUCUGACAGAGGAUCUGGAGUACAGCGAGCUUCUGGACCGGGCAGCUCGCUGUGACUCCUCUCUGGAGCAGAUGUGUCUGGUGGCUGCCUUUUCUGUCUCCUCCUACUCUACCACAGUCCAUCGUACAGCCAAGCCCUUCAACCCUCUGCUAGGGGAGACUUACGAGCUGGACCGACUGGAGGAGUAUGGUUAUCGCUCCAUCUCUGAGCAGGUCAGUCAUCACCCACCAGCUGCUGCCCACCAUGUGACAUCACAGCGAGGAUGGACCUUGUGGCAGCAUAUCACUAUUGAUAGCAAGUUUCGUGGGAAAUAUAUUUCUGUCAUGCCAUUAGGAAACAUUCACCUGCAGUUCCACUCAAGCGGAAACCACUAUGUGUGGAGCAAAGUGACUUCAACGGUGCACAACAUUAUUGUGGGGAAACUUUGGAUUGAUCAGUCUGGGGAAAUUGAUAUUGUAAACAACACUACCAAGGAUACCUGCCGUCUCAAAUUCUCCCCCUACAGCUACUUCUCCAGAGAAGUCCCACGUAAAGUGACAGGAGUCAUAGAGGACAGAGAGGGCACAGCCCGGUACAUCCUAUCAGGAACCUGGGACGACAAGAUGGAGAGUGCCAAAAUAGUGGACAGCAGCCAGGGAUGCGGAGGCUCUGAAGGCAAACAAAAGACAGUUUAUCAGACUCUUCAGCCUAAACUGUUGUGGAAGAAAUAUCCUCUGCCAGAUAAUGCAGAGAACAUGCAUUUUUUCUCCUCCUUGGCUUUGACUCUCAAUGAGCCAGAAGAGGGUGUUGCGCCUACUGACAGUCGUCUGCGGCCAGACCAGCGGCUGAUGGAGGCAGGUCUGUGGGAUGAAGCAAAUGGCCAGAAGCAGCGUCUGGAGGAGUGUCAGAGGCUGGAGAGGAAAAGAAGGGAGGCGCAAGCCAAUCAGGCCCUGGAAGAAGGGCAAGACAUCGAGGGUUACCAGCCGCUGUGGUUUGAGAAGAGGACAGAUGAUACAACAAGAGAAAGCACCUAUGUGUACAGGGGCGGCUACUGGGAGGCCAAAGAAAGACAGGACUGGAGCCAAUGCCCGGAGAUCUUCUAGGGCAAAAGUUCCCCUUACACCGUGGCAUCAGACAGGCUGAGUGGUUCCUCCUGGUGAAAGGAUACUGUGAGUUAUGGACAGUUGUUUGUGUGGGAAUGUGUGUGUGUGAGUGAACCUGCUACUGAAAGUAGCCGUCACUCCCAGAAUUUCAAGCACAAAACAAGCUCCUGUUUCCACUUACUGCUCUACUCUCUUCUGCUCUAUUAGAACUAGUGUUUUCAGAACGCAUGGCCUCAGUUUGUGUGUCUGCUUAAUGCAGAGAACUAGUUUAUGAGAGUACAUAGAGUUCUUGUGUGUGUCUAUGUGUGUGGGGCUGAAAUAUUGACAUAUGCUUAACAGAGAAAUUAUUUCUGCGUCAAAACACACCAAUGGGUGUGUUAAGGGAUAACUUGGGGGCAAGGAGUGCCGCGGAUGUUUUAAUACAAGCACUGAAUGUCUUGUUCUCCUCAAAGCUGGACCAACAUGUUCCUCAUGCUGGGCUCUGACCGAGACGCUUUAAAAAGGACCGUAGUAGGACAAAGCAUUCUUCUGCUAAAAGGCUUUUUUCACAGCAGAACUUUAUUCAUUGAUCCUCCUGAUUCUUGGGGAUUUUUACUCUUCUACUUCUUGAAAUUAAACUACAUCUUCAAGGAUUGUUAUUGUCCAGUCUUGGACUUGUACACAUUUGUAAAAGACAGCCUGUGUUACAAACUGGGGGCGUGGAGUUUGAAAUGUUUACCAAGCUGGGAGGGUUUAACUAAAGACACUAUUGAGUUGCAUUAUGGGAAAUGUAGGAUCCAGCAUUUUUUAAGCUUGACCCAUACUAAGGACUAAAAGUCAGGAUAUCUCGACCUCUCGAUCUCUUUUGACUGCACUUCCAUAAAGUCCCCAAACUUUAUGGAAAUGCAAUAGUAAAUCGCUGGAGUACCACUUCAAAUAUCUUAAGAAUGAAGUCCCACUGAAGUAUAAAUCUGCUAAACUUGGGUGAUUUUCUUCAGCAAGGAAUUAUAUUGGUGCUUGAUGGUAAUUUUAGCCUUACUUAUGUAAUGAAGUAGUAGGUCCCUAGUGACCUGGCAGGCUAUGUUUUUCUUUUGAGGGGACUUACAUGUAUACUUCAGGGUGAAUUGUAUUUUAUUUUGUUUAAAAUUUACUCAAAAUAUCAGGGUUUAUCAUCUUGGUAAGUAGCAACAGACUUGUUUCCCCUAGUUAAAACAGUAGAAAUGGCUAGCUCUAUGAGUGUGUUCUAUCUUUAAAAUUGUGUUGCAUUAUUUGGACAUGCCAGCAAUAACACAACUGCACAGUCACUUGAGAAGAAAAUACUCCCAGGCCAGAAAGGCGUUUUAUGCAGCACAAAAAGUGUUCUAGUAAUAGUAUUCCAUUUGCCGAAUGAUAGUUAUGUAAAGAAAUCUGAUUUAUACACAUCAGUCAAGGACCAGAAUACAUUUAAAGAAAGGCUUAGCAAUACAUAUGCUGAGGUUUUGUGUGCAAGCAAGCGCUGGUGUACAUUAGUAGUAUACAUUCUAUAACCAAUAAUAACCUAUUUAUUUAUAGUUUUAAGCUUACUGUGUAUUAUAACACGUAUGACUGCCUGAUUGGUUUUGGCCUGUAUAAAGCAAGAAUAUAAUAGAAAUAGAAUCACCUCAUUUAAAUCACUGUAAGAAAAUAUUGGUUCACAUUACUUGAACAUUCACAUUUUGGUCACUACUUAAACUCUAUUUGUGUAUACAUAAUCUUAAAUGGAGUCAAGAUUGUAUACCUGUUAAUGAGAUGUUGGGGGAAAAUGAAUUAUGAAUAUAAAUUUAUAAGAUACAGUAUAUAAUAUUGAUGAUGCAAAUAAGGUGAUGUUCAAAUAAAGCACGUUUUGUUUUCCUGCAGGCAAUGAUACAUGCGACAUAAACUCAGAGGUUUCCGUGGCAACAUAUAGCUAUGCAUGGUUUUAGAGUGCUUAAGCACUUCUGUAAUGAAAAGCCUCUUCACCUAGCUAAUUGUUUGUGGACUUUCUGAAACAUGAUGUGAACUCACCUUUUGUGCCCAAUGACCUCAAAAAAUUGACAUUUUUGAGCUCAAAUAAAAUCAUAAAGCUGUC